AUGGCGAUGAUAGACCGCUACUGCGCAAUCGUGUACGCCAUCAAGUCUCGCAACUGGCGCACCACGACAGCCUUAAUGGUCGUCUGCAUGAUUGUCUGGCUAGUAUCGAUCAUCAUCUCACUGCCGUUCGCCAUCUACUUCCGGACAACUGUCCAAAUAGGAGGCCAUAUUUACUGCGAGGAUAUAUGGCCGGAGCCGAAGCAGGUGUACGGCAAGGCGUCCAUUACACUCGUGGUGCUCGCUACAUACGUUGUGCCCCUAACGGUUAUCAUAUACUGCUACGCUAAGAUACUGCAAACGCUUUGGAGAAACAAGAUGGCGCAUGGGACGCAGUCAAAUGGGAUCAUGUCCAAAAAGACACAAUUACAAGACAAGAGGCGAAAACGCGUCACCAAGCUGGUGGCGUCUGUCGUUAUCGUGUUUGCUGUAUCCUGGCUUCCUAUCCAUAUUCUUAACAUCUGGUUUAAGUACGACCCUCUUUUUCCGCGAACACCGACCAUGUACGUCAUGAAAAUCGUUUCUCACACAUUAUCGUACUCUAACUCGUGCGUGAAUCCGUUUGUAUACGCCUUCCUUAGCGACGGGUUUCGUAAGGCUUUCCGCAAGACUUUCCCUUCCAUUGCAAAUCGAUACCGGAUUUGCGGCGGUCCAGUGGAUGACUGCGUUACACAAGUGGGUUUAGUUGAUAGGACUGAGCACAACUCAAAGUCUACAAUGACAACCGUUUUAAACAAUCACCAAGAGGAGAGAAAGCUGAUGCAGACGGACUUAUGAGGCAUUUCACUACAAUUAAAUACGCCGAACGCCUCUGGAUGACUGCCCAUGAAUUCCUAUAUAUCUCACAGUUUUUUUACACGAUUCAAUAUAACUGUUUUAGCCAGAUGACGAAUGGACAUAUAUACUUACUUAAAAAUCGAAGAGAGUUUGCUAUACCAGGCAACCUAGCCUUCAAUUCAAAUACAAUAUGUUUAAUACACUAUAAAAGGUUGAAAACAUAAUUAUUUAUAAUGGUUUACUUUAGUACUACUUAAUCUCACGUUAUUUUCUGACAUCAGUAAAGGAAAAAAAACACAUUUAUUUGUUGAUGUACAUGAUCGUUUGGUGAAAGUCAUACUACAAUUGUAUUUGGACGAUUUUUAUUGGUCAUUUUAAUAAUUGUUCGCUUAAGCAUUGCCAUAAAUUUCCGAAAAAUCGUAUCAAAAUCGCUUAAUAUAAUUAUAGCUUGCGUAUGUUAACUUAUACCAUCAUACCAUUAUGUGCGGUACUUUUGUAUAAAGUCAUCUGAUAAUUUGAAACAAAUGUCGACUUCAUAGAAAAUAACAUGUGCUUCUGCAUGGAUCUGUUCUUCUGAGAGUGUGUGAAAUUAUUGUGGUGUUACUAUUUUUGCUUAAAUGCGCAUCGAAGACAUCAAGUUUAUAUGACUUAUUCUCGGAAUUGCAGGUGGUUUAAUUUUGCAGUCCCUAACGAAUGAAUUGUAUAUCAAAGCUUCAUAAUUCCCUGUCCUUUUGAUUGUUAUGAUAUACCUAUACCAAAACGAAAGUAUUUUUGUUGCUGCAUUAUCUUGACUUAUGUUAUAGUAGUUGUCAUUGUUUUGGGAAAUCAUGUUUGUAUGAGCAUUUGCAUAUUGUCUUUCUUCGAUAAAAAAAUAAACAGUGAAAUAGAUGGCACCCGGUAGAAAAGUGUUAAAAGUCAUGACAGUAAGGUAAAUUUAUAUUAAUAUUUUAUUACAAAAAGAAUUAAGUUACAUAAGUAGCAAAUAAAACGCACAUGAAUCGAUGAAAAUGAACAACGGCUAAGAUGCAGUUCACAUCGCAGAAAACAAUGUUCCAAGUGUGUACCACAAACCAAAACGUGCACACGCUUAAUAUUACUUUAAGGGCUUAUAUGCUUUACGUAUAGCAGGAUACACAUAUACAAGGAAUAUACAUAUUUUCAUCAAUAUUCCCAUCUUAAACUCAUCUUAAUACUUUCUCUGCACAAAUUUUCUUUACGCACAAUAUCAUUACAAUUUCAAAACGUGAUAAUAUUUGUGUAUUUUCCCCAAUAUAACUUUUUCGGAAACGACUCGCAACACAUCGAGGAAAUUGUGAACAAGCUUUGUCCCAAUGAGACGUUUAUAACUGCAACAUCAGACCUCAAAAUGAAGUGUCAACAAGACAAAUGUGGCCAGUUCCUUUUAUGAGGACUUAUCAAAAAACAAUUUCAAAUGUCUUGCUAUGUUUGUGAAAUUAAUAUCUUCUGUUAUAUGUAGUCUUUGUUUUGAAAGUCAAUAUUAUUAUGUUAAUGCGUUGUGUAUGAUUCCAUUGAAAAUAGUUGUUAUAUAUGUGAGAUUAUAUAAGAUUGCUUAAAUGUUAGCGGCAUUAUAUUGGAAUGACGUCCUAAUGAUCCCCAUUUUGCGACGGAAACUAAACAAUGUUUAAAAAUGAAUGACAUUCAUGUCAUAUAAUUUCUUCAUAUGACAAUUAUUAACAAUAAAUUAUGUUUCUUUUUCAAAUGUUGCCUAUGAUUCAUUAACAAGCACUGAUCGUGAUUUAUACUAGGAAGACUGACAAUAACACCCCCGAUAUAGGUUCUCUUUUUUUCUUUCUUUUUUCUCUGCAAGGACACGUCCAAUAGUCCUAGUUAAAUCGUAAACCCUUUUUUAUUGUUGUUUUAUUUUUAAACAAUAAACUAAUUAUGGAUUA